UCAGACCUCAUCUCCAUCCAGUCAGAUUGAACUGCGGGGGCAGAGCGAGCGGAUCUCUGCGCUCCUAGACAGCGGAAACAAACCUCCAGCUUAGAAGGAUUUCUCUCGCCGAGGUUUUUUUGUUUUUCUCCCACUUUGCUUUGGAACUUUUAGGAGAUUUCCACGCCGCUCUUCCUGUGGGUCUGUUGGAAAUGGACAGUGUGAGCCCUGCUGCGCGGAGCGUCUGUUCGAAGAGCAGGAAUAAAGUGUAGAAAGUCCGCUCGGCUCUUUAGAAACGAGCCUCUCUGGAUGUUUGAUGAAGCGCUUCGCAGGUUUCUUCAGUUCUGGGACUCUGUGGAUUUACCAGCUCUGGGAACGGAUUGAUCCUUGUGAUUCCCGGAUUUACGCUUCCAAGUUUGGAGGAAAAACAUGGAGACUGUGAGUCGGCAGAGCUUCCAGCCUCAUCCGGGACUGCAACAAACUCUGAAGCAGUUCCACCUCAGCGCUAUUAACUCCCUGGGCGGCCCGGCGGCUUUCUCUGCUCGGUGGCAGCAUGAGCUCCUCUUCAAGAAGGAGGGGAAGGAGCCCGAACCGGUCCUGCAGCAUUUGCCGCCGCCCGUGAUGCCCGGCCCGCUGUUCAUCCCGUCAGACCGCUCCACGGAGAGGUGCGAGACGGUGCUGGAGGGGGAGACCAUCUCCUGCUUCGUGGUCGGCGGGGAGAAGCGCCUGUGCCUGCCGCAGAUCCUCAACACGGUGCUGCGGGACUUCUCCCUGCAGCAGAUCAACUCCGUGUGCGACGAGCUGCACAUCUACUGCUCCCGCUGCACGGCGGACCAGCUGGACAUCCUCAAAGUCAUGGGGAUCCUGCCCUUCUCCGCGCCCUCCUGCGGCCUCAUCACCAAAACGGACGCCGAGCGGCUCUGCAACGCCCUGAUCUACGGAGGCGCAUACCCGCCGCGCUACAAGAAGGAGCUGGGCACCGGCUCCCUGGAGCUGCAGCUCACCGACAGGAGCUUCAAGAUCUACCACGAGUGCUUCGGCAAGUGCAAGGGCUUGUUCGUCCCGGAGCUGUACAGCAGCCCCAACGCAGCGUGCAUCCAGUGCAUGGACUGCAGACUCAUGUACCCGACGCACAAGUUCGUGGUGCACAGCCACAAGGCGCAGGAAAACAGGACUUGCCACUGGGGCUUCGACUCUGCAAACUGGAGGGCGUACAUCCUCCUGGGUCAGGAUUACACGGGCAAAGAGGAGAAGGCGCGCCUGGAGCAGCUUCUGGACGAGAUCAAGGAGAAAUUUGACUUCGCCAACAAGUACAAGAGGAAAGCUUCAUCCAGGGCAUCCGAUGGCAUCCCUUUGAAAAGGUCCAAACUGGAAGACAUCCCAUCCAGAACCCCGCUUGGCGACAAAGAGAAGCAGCACGACUGGCUGCAGUCGCUGUCCUCCUCUAAUAAGGGGAUGAACUGUCUUCAGCCCAGGCAGAGACCUUCAGCUUUCAGGCCAUGGUCUCCUCACAUCUCCGCUGGGGAUAAAGAACCUUCGCCCCAUCCUCUGGCUCUGCUGAGAGACAGCUUCUACAACUACAAAAGCCUGGAGGAUGCCGUGGCCCCCAACGUGGCCCUUACACCUCUCCCCAUGGGGAAGGUGGGGCCCAUGUCCCCAUCUGUGCCCACCUCUUCCCACCUCAGGGUGGCUGAAGCUUCAGAAGAGGGCACCAAACCCAAUUCUAGGCCUCAAAAGAGAAGGGCCACUGAGGAGCUGCUGGCACCAGAGGCCCCCUGCCCGCCACCCGCAACUGCUUGCAGGCCCCCGCCAGAGGAGGACAAGGAUUCUGAGGUGGAGAUCGAGGUGGAGAGUCGCGAUGAUGUCAAUUCGUCCAUAUCGUCCCUGUCAUCGCCGUCCUUCACUUCCUCCAGCAGCUCAGCCAAGGACCUGAGCUCACCCGGCACCCUGGGGCCAGUCUGCACCGUCACAUCGGCGGAAUGCUCCGCCUCAGCGGCUGUGCCUGUUGCAACCCCCGCCGCCAUGGCGGCACCUUCAGAGCUGGGCCUCGAGUCGGAGCUGGAGAGCCUCAGACAGGCGCUGGACAGCGGAUUGGACUCCAAAGAGUCAAAGGAGAAGUUUCUGCACGAGAUUGUUAAGAUGAGAGUGAAGCAGGAGGAGAAGCUGGGAACAGCCCUUCAGGCCAAACGGAGCCUUCAGCAGGAGUUGGAGUUCUUGAGAGUGGCGAAGAAGGAGAAGCUCCGAGAGGCAACCGAGGCGAAGCGGAGCCUAAGGAAGGAAAUCGAACGUCUUCGAGCCGAGAGCGAGAAGAAGAUGAAGGAGGCGAACGAGUCCCGCAUUCGUCUGAAGAGGGAGCUGGAGCAGGCGAGGCAGCUGAGGGUCUGCGACAAAGGCUGCGAGGCCGGUCGGCUCCGCGCCAAGUAUUCCGCACAGAUUGAGGACCUCCAGAUGAAGCUGCAGCAUGCCGAGGCCGACCGCGAGCAGCUCAGAGCCGACCUGCUCCAGGAGCGGGAGGCCAGGGAGCACCUGGAAAGGGUGGUAAAGGAGCUGCAGCAGCAGCUCUGGCCCAAAUCCAACAACAAAGAGGUCCCUCCUAACAAGUAACGUGGAGACGAGCUCAGCACUCAACUAUUCCCCCCCACCCACCCCAUCAUCGCUCUCAUCCCACCAGAAACCGGACCCAUGGCUCCACCCCCCAAAACGUCCAGAUCAGUGUUUCCUCAUCCAGACCUAUGAGGGGAGAGAUCCUCUUUAAACCAAACUCACCCCCUUCACACCCUUAGAACUGCAAACUGGAUCCCAGUGAACAACAGACAAGAAGAUGGAGCUCAGAGCACAGCUGCGUCUGAGCAGGAAAUGAGAGCGGACUCUCAUUCCGCACUAAUAGCGGCUUUGAGGCCGCGGUAUGACAUUACAGCUGCAGCGUUGUUAGAGAGCGGAUCAGCCCAGAGGAUGGGGCCACCCCCCUAAACAGUAUAAUCGAUCCGACCAUGAAAGCGGGAAGAGGAAGCUAGUUUAGAGACUACAUAGCGCCAUGUACAGGACAUCGUCUGUUUGUGGAAAAUAAUCCGAAUGAGAAGCAACAGAUUCCAGAGUGGUUUUAUCUUCAGGAGGCCGACUCCUUAAGCUUCCUGUCAUUCAAACAAAUCUUUGAUUAGGGAACGUUUAAAGGCACCUUUUCUGGUUUUACUGAGCACUUGUGUUGAACGGUCAGUCUGGAACACGUCUUCACUGGCCUCCAUCGUUUUCCCUCCAUGUUUCUCCAAUGGGAGAGAGGCCUUGUAACAUUUUAAUGACCGACACCUGCUUGUCUCUUUGCGCUGGACGGACACUCUUCUUAAUAACCACAAACUGUCUGUUUAAUAAAUUAAGGUUUGUACAUAGGAAUCAGUUCUUCUUGUUUUGUACUUUUACAGUAAUGUAUCGCACUUUGUUAGAACAAAAUCCUGCAUUAUCCUCCCCGUAUCGUCACACGUCGUUUCCACGCCAGACGCCCCCGGAAUGAGGUCAGCUUUUUGUCGAAACACGCCGAUAAACCGACUGCUGCUCUGCUUUCCCUCUGCAGAGUUUUGUAAAUAAAAGCAAAUGGGAGAAAUGUCCCGCAGUCGUUUCAGGAAGUUUGGCGUGGCUCAUAUUCCUGUUACAGCAGCAUGAACAAAAGUAUAGGCGCUGAUGUUGCUUUUUCUUAAAUGGAGAUACUUUUGUUGUUGUUUCUUACGUUCACAUUUUAUUUGAAUAGAUAUCUCAUAUUUUGUUUAUGCAUGAAAAAUGACAAAGUCUGCCAUUCGUAUAGUCACUUGUUGGGCAUUGAUACUGUACAUGUAAAAGUUUGAUUAUGUUAUGCAAUAUAGCAACUUGUCAUCUCAGCAGAAGAAACAAAACCGUAUUAAAUGAAAGCCAAAUGAGGUUUUUAAUCAACUUCACACUUCAGGAGCAGUAAAAAUAAAAUAAAGGGUUCAAAGAGUAAAAAAAAAAAGGAGUGCAAUGCUGGGCAACCUUAAGUGCCUAAAGUUGUGCUAAAGGUUUCCAGAGUCAGAAAGCUGAUGGUGGUGCUGGCAUCAAUUUUCCGUUUUCACUUCAGAGUAAAAAGGCCCUUCUGUGAUAUGCGGCGCUUUAAUCAGUAUUUGCUUGAAUCAGCCGUUUACAGACGCCUAAAUGUGGGGAGCCAUCGAACAAAUGCUAAGAAGCUUGAAAUUUUUCUUUUUUCUUAGUCAUGUUUAUUCUCGGAUCAUUUUAUACUUAAAAAGAUUGUUAAAAAGCCGCUCGUUUCGGUAAAUUGUCACUAUGAGUAAGGACUGAUGGAAGCAGAGGAUGGUGAACAUUACAGGCGUCCCCUAACGUCACCGCCUGCUCCAGCAAAACUCAGUCGGUACAUUUUUCUAGUCGAUUUUACACCUCAGACUUCACAUAAUCUGAGUUACGGUUUUCUACGAUGUGGGGAGGAGCUUAUAUUCGGCUUUUUUUCUAUCCUGUUUGAAAGGAAAGAAAAGCAAUUUAAUGAUGUCUUGUUUUCUAAAGGAAAAUAUUGUUUUUUUUAAUCUAAGAAAUGGGCAGCAAAGCAGCAAUAACAGUCCUUAUUAAUAGGCCAGCUACUGGUCAUGGUAAAGAUUUGAAAUACAAAAUUACAUGUGUAAAUAUCUGCUUUUCAUUUACGAUGUUUGUAUCAUAAAUGUACAUUUUUUUUUGUGUCGGUUUUCGAAAAAAUAUCUUUUCUUACAGCAGCAGUUUGUCUUUCCUUUUUUGUUGUGUUUGGAUGAAAGUGUUUCAGGAAAAGUUGAUGCAGAGGAUAUUACCUUUAAAAACACCUCUCCUCUUUUUUUUUAUUACUACAUAGUCUAUUGAAUGAAUGUUUUCCAUCACUCCAUGUAGAUUUUAGGCAUCAUAUAUUCGCCCCAUGUGACCACCCCCAACUAUAUUGUUUUAGCUCUGCGCUGCUGCUGCUGAUACAUAUACAGUUUUAGAAGCAUUUUUUAUGUAAGAAGCAAGCUUACUCAUGUAUUAAUGCCACAGAAAUAUAUAGUGUGAAAAAAAGCUUGGCUUAUUCAUCAAUGUCCUUUUCUUCACCUUGUUUUGACAUCUUCUCCCCUCCUUCAACAGCACCACUCCCUUCUCUAACAACUUGGACUAUAUUGUAAAGUAAAGGACUUUAUGAAAAAUAUGUUUGAAAAUAGCCAUGCUUAUAUACUACAGUGACUGAAUGUACAGUGUAUAGAUGCAUUAUCAGAAAUAAAGUUGUUUGUCAAGAUUAAA